AUGUCUACUUCAAUUAGCACAGUGGCUUGGAUCGGGACUGGGAACAAUGGCAAACCACUUCUUGAUAUUGUGGCUGCCUCGGGAAAGUUCAAAAUAACGCUCCUGGUCCGGAAGCCGCCAGCAAAGUACACAGAUAUUGUCCCCGACUCUGUGACGGUCAAGCAGGUUGAUUUCCAAUCUCAUGCCUCGCUUGUGGACGCUUUCCGAGGUAUUGACGCCGUGGUUAGCGUUAUGACAUUCGGUCCACAGUCAGGCAUAGACGUGGUAGAGAUAGGAAUGAUCAACGCGGCGAUUGAGGCGGGUGUGAAGUUCUUUAUUCCGUCGGAAUGGGCGCCUGACUCGGCUGGGGCAAAUGUGACGGAUGACCCUUGGAUAGGGAGGUCGCUACGACCGAAUGCGGUUCUGGCUCCGAAAAGAGCAGUACAUAAUUAUCUCAUGGCGAGAGCAGCGCAGAACCAAAUUGCUUUUGCUGUUGUGUAUACCGGCGUCAUUAUUCCAAGCAGCUUCAGCGUAGGAUUGAUCUCCUUCGAUUUCCAGAAGAAGACGGCAGUCUUACCAGACGACGGCACUUCGCUCUUCUCUGCUACGACGUUGGAAACUACGGGGUCGGCUGUCGUUGCCAUACUUUCUACGCCGUUUUCCACAGGUGUUAAGAAUCGGUUCCUCCAUAUUUCAGACUUUACAACAUCCCUGUCAGAGAUUUUGACCAUAAUAGAGACUUUGGAUGGAGUGUCUUGGACACGGAAGAAUGUCGCGGCACGAGAACUUACCAUUUCUAGCAUGGCUGCUGUGGAUGCCGGGACGUUUGGAAGAGCGCAGUUCUGGGGAGCACUGAUUAGUCCAUUCUUUGGACAGGUUCCCCCAUGGCAACAGCAGGAUAAUGAGCUUCUUGGACUUGGAGAACAGAAAAGUCUGACGGAAGAAGUGGCAAAGGUACUUGAGGCGUCUAGAACCCAUGGAUAG